GAACACGUCUCCAAAAAGGCGUCCUUAACAAAUCAACAGCUGGGGCGCACACUGGAAAUCACCGCCUUUUGCUGUUGGUUUAUCGCAGUCCUCGCCGAUAAAAACGUCAUCUAAACCGGGUCUGAACUUGCUCAAAUAUCUAUCCGUUUGCUCUUCCUGCGUGCUUCUCUUCCCUUGCCUCCUUGCAGAUGUACGCGUCUCCUCCUCGCAUCUCUCGCCUCUCGUUCGUUCGCUCUCGUCUCUCUCUCGAGAGCGCGGUCCUCUCAGUGCGUGCACGCUGUAAUAAGCAGCAGUAGCAGCACACACAAGAUUUUGGGGGGUGCUGUAAACAGAGGCACACGGCUUGGCGGCUUGUCUCCAUGCGAAACGUGGAGGGCUUUCCAAAGCACCGACGAGGCGCGAGUGGAGAUUUUAUUUUAUUCGUUUUGGUUUCUACGAGGACUCUUGCAGCGGCACUGAAAAGUCCUCAUAUCGCCGAGAUGUGUGGACGGAGCAGGCCGGCCUUAUUGUGUCUCUGGGCUUUCUUGCUCGGCAUCGACGUUGCGCUGGGCGGGAAAAGCCCGGGGCAGAAUGGCAUGACAGAUGAACAGAAAGAUGACACUAAGGUCUUCACCAAGAUCUUGGACAGCCUUCUGGACGGCUACGACAACCGCCUCCGGCCCGGACUCGGAGAGCGUGUAACUGAAGUCAAGACUGACAUUUUCGUGACCAGUAUCGGCCCUGUUUCGGACCACGACAUGGAGUACACCAUUGACGUGUUCUUCAGACAGAGCUGGAAGGACGAGCGGCUAAAGUUCAAAGGUCCCAUGGCUGUUCUUCGUCUCAAUAACCUGAUGGCGAGUAAGAUCUGGACCCCGGACACGUUUUUCCACAACGGCAAGAAGUCUGUGGCUCACAACAUGACCAUGCCCAACAAGCUGCUGCGCAUCACGGAGGAGGGCACUCUGCUGUACACUAUGAGGUUGACAGUCCGAGCUGAAUGCCCCAUGCAUUUGGAGGACUUCCCAAUGGACGCCCACGCCUGCCCGCUCAAGUUUGGCAGCUAUGCGUACACUCGCGCCGAGGUGGUCUACGUGUGGACCAGGGGAGCGGCCCAGUCUGUGGUGGUGGCGGAAGAUGGAUCCAGAUUGAACCAGUACGAUCUCAUGGGCCAGAGCGUGGACUCCGGCGUGGUCCAGUCCAGCACAGGAGAGUACGUGGUGAUGACGACCCACUUCCACCUGAAGAGGAAAAUUGGCUACUUUGUGAUCCAGACGUACCUGCCCUGCAUCAUGACCGUGAUCCUGUCCCAAGUGUCGUUUUGGCUCAACAGAGAGUCCGUGCCUGCCAGGACUGUGUUCGGAGUAACUACAGUGCUGACCAUGACCACCCUGAGUAUAAGCGCCAGGAACUCCCUCCCUAAAGUGGCCUACGCUACAGCUAUGGACUGGUUCAUCGCCGUUUGCUACGCCUUCGUGUUUUCGGCCCUCAUCGAGUUCGCCACAGUCAACUACUUCACCAAGAGGGGCUACGCGUGGGACGGGAAGAGUGUGGUGCCAGAGAAGCAAAAGAAGAAGAAGGAGUCGAUGCUGAAGAAGAACAACACCACAGCCUACCCCGCCGCGACUGCUACCACCUUCGCCCCAAACAUUGCAAGGGACCCUGGAUUGGCCACCAUUGCCAAAAGCGCCCCUCCCCCUCCCACUGAACCCAAGGAGGAGCCGAAGCCCAAACCACCCGAGGCCAAGAAAACCUUUAACAGUGUGAGCAAGAUCGACAGGAUCGCCAGAAUAGCCUUCCCGCUGCUCUUUGGAACUUUUAACUUGGUCUACUGGGCGACCUACUUGAAUAAGAAGCCUAAACUGCAGGUGUAAAUAAUCCACUAACCCCCAUUUCGUUUUGUUGUUUUGAAAAUCCGCUCAUUUUCUAUACAAUUCUUCAAAGAAACAAAAAUAUUAAAUGGCGUCCAUGCUGGUUUGGACUUUCCAUAUUUGCCGUUUUCUGUUGAUCUAAAAAUUUGAAGAUUUUGAAGAAAAAAUACGUGCUUUUGAAAAUGGGUGUUGUUUAGGGGACUGGCCAACGCUUCUUCUUCUGAAAAUACUAUUAUAAAUACUUAGCCAAGAGAAUGCUAACUGCACAUAGCCCGCGUCAUUACAGGGCUUCUUCUACUUCAUUUAUUUAUUAUUCAAUUGACAUGGUAAAAAGGAACUUGUGUAUAGGCAUGGACAGGGCAUUGUUUUUAUUAUUUGUUUUGAAAUUAUUUAUUCAAUUGUAAAACACUUGAGUGAUGGCGGGAUUUAUUUAACAUGAAACGCUACGUACGCUCAGUUUUUGUCGCUGUAUCUUCCAUUUUUUCUCUUUUACGAGAUUCUGUUAUUCCAUCUUAGGGUUUCUGCAAUAGCAAUAAACAUAUCUCAACGGACAUGCCAAUUUAUUUAAAAAGAACUACCAAACCAUCCCAUAUCUUCUGUGGUCACCAUGGGAUCUACGUUACCUUUGCGGCAUUGUAAAUAUUCUUAAAAACAUUAUAGAGAUGUCAAUACUAUGUUGAAGCUUUGCAAAGUGUAACUUACUGAGAGGUAAUCGAAGAGGAAAGUUUUCAUUUAUUUUUGUUUAUAUAUUUACAGAACUUUCUAUGAACAAAAAAAAAAAAAUACAACUAUAGUAUUACUGGUCUAAAAUCACGCUUAAGUGACUGUUUCUCUCCGAGUUAGCAUCCAUCGAAGCUGCUUUCAAGUAAAAAAAGAAAAGAUAUUACUCAAAAACAUCUUUACCUGUGUUUUGUGUACACACGACAGCAACACUGAUCUAACACUGGGUUUGGCUAGCAACUGUAAGAAUGUAAAAUAUAUAUAUACAGUCUUGAAUUCUGGAGUGCAUUUUAUAUAAAAAAAAACUCACAUUUCGUUUCGUUUUUUUUGGCUUGUACAACCGAAUUUGUAAAUGGUGUCGCCUAACUUCGCCAAAAAAACACCACUUCUUGUACAAACGGCUUGAAAAAGGAUUGGGCACGUAACGGUUCGAAGUGCCUUAUCCGUUUUCAAUGCUUAACCUGUAACGUUUUCGUUGAUGGACGGUGAUUUUACGUUUUCGUUUCGUUUUUUUGUUUUUUUUUCCGUUGUCCCGUUUAUUAUUCCAUCAUUUCCUGUUACUACUUUACCUUAAAAUUAUCAAGACAUACAACUCAGAAAGUACCAGCUACACUGCCUUCAAUAUCACAUGCCCAUUUGGACUUAGCUGUUGCCGAUUCUGUGCGACAUUUUAUUCGAAACAGCAGGACCAGGAGAUGCGAGCAGAUCGGGGAAAUCCAAACACGCUUAAACGACGACGAUGACGGAGGAGGAGUACGGUUAAAAUGGCAGGGUAGUCUUUACAGCCGUUGCUAGGUUUCGCACAGGCAGAGACUUGUAGAUCUACGAUAGCGAUGAAGAAGAAUAUAUAUUUUUGUAGCAUGAUGUCAAUCCCUCUUCCGAGAAAAACCAACAGAAACUCACAAAUGUGAAACGAAUGCGAAUGCUGUUUGUUUUUGUUUUUUUCUGAGUUCGAUUUUUGUCUUGGAAAACAUUGCUUGCGCUAUAUUCUUUCCAGCUUGGGAGAGCACUCGUUUUUUGGGGGGUUGGGUGUUUCACAGACCAUUAUAGAUUAUGUUAAUGUAGCAAUAUUAAUUAGCAAGGGCUUAUCUUAGGACCUGACAGUGUGGGAUGGUAAAUAUUGUAGCUUUACAUUGACCCCUCUUAAUUUGUGGCGUCAUUUUACGGUUUAAAAAAACAUUAACGUGGAAAAAAAAGAGGGAUUUUACUCAGUAUUUGCUAUUUCUCUAUUUCUUUGUGUGUCCAUUUUGAAUUUGAAUCACUGUAACUAUGUGCAAUCGUAGCGCAACGUUGCAUUAUGAAUUGUGUACAAAACAUAUUUCACAGAACGCUAAACUUGAUCAAAAGACGCGGCCGGUGCCCAUAGACGUCGGUCGGUGCGUGUGCGUUCGCGUGCCGGCGGUGAACGGGUCACGACAUCGCCGCCGGGGGGGCUGCUGUUAUCAUUUGAAUCAUCUUUACGGAAAAACUCGCUCCCCUUUGACACGAAAUGGCACCAGUCCUUUGUGAGCAGCCACUUAAAACUACAAAAAGAAAAAAAAAACUAAAAAAAACGAGGGUCAUGAAACGGCGAGGGUCAGGAACGAAGACUUGUAUAGAGAUGUGAAACUAUUGUAUGUAUAUGUUUAUUAUCAUGGAGAAAAUAUAUAUCUAUACAUAUGUAAAUUACCUAAUGCAUACAGUAUGAUUCUAUUAUUGAAGACGUUAGCGAAGACGAUGAUGAAUAUUCUUUAUAUAGUUAUUAUUAUCAGACUAUUGUUAUGCAUUUUGCACAUUUAGACGAUAACAUUUGCAUUAGUCAGCUUUGUGCUAUGCAAGGUCAGCUUCACCGACUCCACCACCGACUUUCAACCCAUAAAACAUUGAGUUGCAGAUGAUUAAAAUAUAUAUAUAUAAAAAAAAAAGCUAGCUUCCAUUUCCGCCGCGCCGACACGAGCUCUCAUCGGUGUGUUUGGUUGUUUCAUUUCUGUAUUGGUUUAAGUGACGGCUAAACAGGGUGAAAUUCUGCGAAAGAACGACGGAAGAGGAAACGGCUUUCGGUGUCGAUCGCACUUUUUGACACGCAAUAAAACGAGUGAUCAAACACAAAAAACAACACGACAGAGGGAAAGGAAAGAAAGACGAGCGCAAAGAUAAACGUUGGAUUUAUUUGUGAUCGCGGAAAAAGCAGAGACGUGUGCAAAUGUUGGUUUUGCAAAAUUGAUGGGUUGUUUUUAUUUGCCCCAGACGUCGAUCAUGUUUAACAUAUUGAAGGGAAUGAGUUUGACUUUGGAACGAGGGUCUUGCUUUGUCCAAAACGAGUCGAAGGUGAGACACUACAGGUGAUAUUUAUUUGUUUAUUUAUUCGCUUACGUAUUUAUUUGAUUAUUUAUGUGUUAAUUUAUUUAAAAUGUUGGGAUAAAACACAAAAAAUUGCAUUGAUAUUUAUAUUUUUUUGGAAUUUACAGGGGUUUUUUUGACAUUUUCAAAUCUAAAAACCGAUUUCUCUCGUCUUGUAGUGUCUCACCUGUUAUUUAUUUACUGUGUACACACAAUGAUCCAGAAGAGAAUGUGAAAUUCGAGGCAUAGUGCAAUCAUGAGCUUCCAGCCUCCCCCCGCUGCCAUCACACAUGUAAAUACCUCCAUCUUCACCGACCAUUCGCUUUUACUUUGUCUUGUUGGAAUUACAGGUUCAUCCUCAAGAACAGUCGCUUUACAAAAACUACAGUCUUUUCCGUUUUAUUCCUAGAUACCUACCGGAGUUUUCUUGUAUUUUUAUCAACCAAAAUAUGUUCUGAUUUUCACUGAAAUGUAAAAAAAAAAUUCUAAGUACGUAAUUUUCUAAAGCACAAAAUUGAGAAAUUGGAAAGUGUGUCCAUGUAUAAUGGAUAUUUAUGGACAUGGUUGAACUCACUGCAUUCACUAAUCGACAUACAGCGCAGUCACGCGAAUGUGGACAUGGGUUUGGUUUGAAAUGACAAACCUUCUGUAAAUGUUUUCUUUGGUUCUUUUGGUUAUGAUAUGGCCCUGUAGAAACUCUCUGCAUUAGUCUUUAAAUAAAAACAAAAUAAAGAAAAAAAACGUGUUUGCUUUUUUAUUAAAAUUGGUUGUUUACUGUUUCUUAGUUCAUUUUUCAUGUUUUGCAGUAGUCCAAAAUUACUCCUCACUUACCAUAUACAUUCAGAGCAUCCUAAUUAUUCAGCACAAUGAGUUUAUGAGCACGUUUUACUAGAGAUCCACCGCUCUGACAUUAGUGGGACAUAUGCACUGAUGUAAUAAUAAUAUUUACCGAUCGUACUGAUGUUUGAUUUUUUUAUUUAUACAGAGCUGUUCUGCAGU